AAACAUUUGAAUGAAAAUGUGAUUCAAAAGCAUUUAAAUUAUUAUUUGUUUAUUAAUAUAUAAAUUAUAUUUGAAUUGACGUCCAAUUGAUUGCUUCAAAGUUAAUGUCUGACAAUGUCUUUAAAAGAGGUAUACAAAGGCCUGCCAUCGGAAGCGCUAUCAGUGGCCAAUCGGAUCGGUUUAAAGCACAGCAACAAAGAUAGUGGUGACAAGUCUUUUGUUAAUAAGUUUGUGUCGCAAAAGAUUAUUGACGAAGAGUUACGAUACACGACAUACCUGUUGAAGGAUAUACCGAAUAAAUUUAACAGAAAAAAGAAGAAAAACAAGAAAACUAUUGGAUUAAAUGCUAAACAAAGAAAGAAAUUGUUUUCUUUGAAGUCAAAUGAUGUCAAAUAUGAGACAUUUGAAAGAAUUAAUGAUUUGUGGCACAAAUACAUUGAUUCAGUAAUUAAUGAAAUCAAAUGCAAAAGCGAUGAAAUCAAACUAAUUAGGGCUGACUUUCACGGCGCGUAUGUCUAUGUGUCCGCCGCCGCAAACCCAACACUGGUCGGCGUUAAGGGCUUUGUUGUCUAUGAGACCAAAAAUACAUUCAAAAUUGUCAAUAAAGACAAUCGACUAUUAACGAUUCCUAAAAACGGUACACUUUUCGCCUUUGAACACAAUCAACAAAUCAUCAAAUUUAAUGGUAAUAACAUACGGAUGAGUUCACAUCAUAGGUCUAAGAUUAAGCCAAAACUUAAAUUAUAUGAAAAAUUUGUUGAUUUUUAAAUAAAUCUUUAAUCA